GCUGCCUGGCAAAUUCGCUUGCACAACUACUGAAUUGUCUGAAAUGGCUGUAGCUCAGAGCCAGUGAACGGAGAUUUUGGCUUCCUUUCCAUGGGGCAUGCCAGCAGGUCACAUUUCCUCUCUGAACCUCCCUCCAAGCCGCACUGUACUCAUGAAGGGUAAGCGCAUUCGUUGUUCUUUGGUGCCUUUGACUCGGUGCCCUGCAGGGCUGGAAUUCAGCCAGGGAAACUGAACUGCGGGGCUGCAGCUGAGGCUAUAUUUACUUGGGGGUUUAUUGUCUUGCCACGGUUUUACAAAUUUAGGGAACUUUUUUUUUGAGAUUUACUGGCUAUUAUAGGGAUUGGAAGCAGUGUCAUUUUUGCCUCAGAUAUGCUCCUUUUCAGUGACUAUAAAAGUUUAUUCAAAGUUUUAGGUUGCUAGUCUUUGAAAACUGCCCUUUGUUCUACUUUGAGUUGACACAGUAAGGAUUCUAGAAGGGAUUCUUCCUAUUUUUGUAGCAAAGAGAUUAUGUUUCAUAGAGUGUCACUUGGGGGGGGCGGAGCUGAGAUGGAAUAUUUUAUUCCUAUGAGAAGUUUUUGGAAACCCUGGUGGCAGUAGUGGUUAAGUGCUAUGGCUGCUAACCAAAAGGUCAGCAGUUCGAAUCUACCAGGAACUCCUUGGAAACUCUAUGGGGCAGUUCUACUCUGUCCUAUAGGGUUGCUAUGAGUUGGAGUCAACUAGAUAGCAAUGGGCUUUUUUGGUAUGAGAAGUUUUAUUGUCAGAACUCAUCAAAUUUGGUUUUCCAUGGAGAAAGAAAAUAGAUUUCUGGGCGAACAUAAAGCUACUACCUGUAAAAGGGAAACUUUAAAAUAUUUCCAGAGUAUCCUUGAUUUGAGAUACAAUGCAGAACUUAAAUGCUACCUCAGAACAAGGGAAAAGACCCAUUUAGUCAGAGAAUUGGAAGUGCAAGAUGUCAGGGAGUAAGGAGUAAUUUCAGACUUCCUAGACAUCUCUCCUAUAGAUUACAUAAAGCAUGUGGUUGAUCUGAAUCAAAACCCACAUGCCUCCUCCACCCACAACCUUCUUUUUUCAUCUCUUUAGAGCCUCCUCUCUCUACCCUCAAGUGUGGUUUUGGUAUGACUAGGGAAUGGACACUAAAAAUAUUUCUGGAAUGACGUGACCCUCUCUCACCCCACCAGGAAAGGAGCAAGGCUGCACAAGAAACAGCAUAUGCUUUCCCUUCAUUUCUGGGAAUCCCAGGGUCGACCUGCAGAUGCUGCUCCUUCCGUGGCCAAUGGCAUUCAGAUUCAUAGCUGUGGACAGUGCCAGGCAAACAACUGGGCAAGACAGCUCGGCUACCGGACGCCGGCUACAGUCUCGGCCACCGCAGCAGCCCCCCAGCCAUAUCCCACCUCUGCCACCCUAUCCAGGAGCCUUCCCAUCUCCCUCAGGCUUGUCCCGGCCCCGCCACAGGGGCUGAAGAACUUGGAGGUGGUGGCAGCGGCAGCUGUGGUGCCUACAGCCUUGGGGCCAGUCCAGGCACGUGGGACCCUGCUUCGGGCAACUCUGUGGCCCCUUCAGGGCCAGAGAAAGACCCAGGACAGCCCCAGCGCUCACCACUGCCUCUUCCUGUCGGUGAAACCUGGGCAGGGGCUCAGAAUGCAAGCCGCUACUCCUGAACUGAUGUCGCAGGUCAGACUGACGGAGGCGGGGGACCGGGUGAGCGGAGCUCCAGACAACCCAGAGCUAAAGCAGCAGCUGCGGCCACUUCCCGAACUUUCAGCUUCCUCCCAGGGAGAAGCGAAAUAUGUGGAAAUGUGUGCUUCCGCUGGAGUGCAGAGGCAGAGUCCUCGGACCAUGAAACUUACCCUGGAGCACCGUCCAGGGGAUCAGAAGGCCUCUAGGAGCCCCAAGGAAAAAGCCAGUGGAGCCCAAGAUGAACCCGGGGACCAAGAGUCCAAAGCUCCAACCCCCCAAAAGAAUCUUGCUCUGGCCGAACUCUCCAGAGCUCAGCUCUCCAACACUGACGAGACCCGCAACCUCUCAUCUUCUCCGUCCUCCUCCUCCCCGGUGGACAGAGCAGAAGAAGGUGGCCUUUCCAAAAGGGAUGAUACCAUUACAUCCACGGAGGCUCUGGCCACCUCCUCUUCGUCCUUAGGCUUUGAGAGUGACAGUGGUGAGAGCGAAGUGAGCUGCCAGCCCAGGGAAGAAGGGGGGGAAAAAGCAGGAGGUGGGGGGGAAGGAGGGGGGGGAAGAAGGGGAGCAGGAGAUGAAACAGAGUGCAGGAACAUUAUUGCCAAGUCCCAAGGCAGCAGGGACCCCCCCAAAAAUGAAGAAGCUCACUACAUCACCACCCACGAGAUCCAGCUGAGUGAGGUGGAGCAAGACAUGGAUUUUGACGUGGGGCUGGCCUCCCGCUGGGAUUUCGAGGACAACAACGUGAUCUACUCGUUCGUGGACUAUGCUUCCUUUGGUGGCAGUGACGAGACCCCAGGAGAUGUCACCACCCCAACUGAAGAGGACGACGACAACAGCUGCUACCUCAGCACUACUCCCAGCACCAACGCCACCCGGACGCCCAGCCCCACCAGCAGUGAUCAGGCCCGCCCCAGGCCAGACAGCAGCGGUAGAGACACGAGCAGCACGGAAGUGGGCAGCGGCCCCUUGGACAGUGAUCCCACGCCCCCACCCACUGGGUCUGGCACUGCCAUCCUGCGUGAGCCCUUGCCGGAGCCCCCGGAGGCAGCUUCAGGGGCAGCAGGCGCUGCGAGCAGCUGUGGGAGUGCAGCAAGCCAGAUCCUCCUAUCAAUCAAACCGACUUCCCGGGCUAUAAAUGAGCCUAGCAACGUGCGUGCAAAGCAAAACAUUAUUUACGCUGCCAAGCAUGAAGGCGACAUGAGCCUCCGCGUCUCUACAGCUGCUGAACACAAGUCAAGUUCACAGAAGCAAUUCCCGGCUGCAGCCGUGGCUCAGGACCAUGCGAAGAAAUUCAUUGCUGUCCCUGCUCGCCUGCAAACCAGGUGCGGGGCCAUCCGAGCGAAGGAGUUGGUGGACUACUCCAGUGGAGCCUCCAGUGCCGUGAGUGAGCUGGACGAUGCUGACAAAGAGGUGCGUAACCUGACUUCCCGGGCCUUCCGGAGUCUUGCUUACCCCUACUUUGAGGCUCUGAACAUCAGCUCCCGGGAAUCCUCCACCACGCUCUCCGAAGUCGGCUUUGGACGCUGGUCGACUUUUCUGGACUUAAAAUGUGGGGGUGUUGGAGCCAGGGUGGAACAGAGUCUGCUCAGGAGCAGUGCAGCCUCAGUGGCUGCAGGUCUGAGGAAGGGCAGUGGGGCCAGAACCACCGCAGACCAGCUCUACAUCCAGUCCAAGAAGUCCCAGACCAAGGCCUUAGAGUUUGUGGUCAGCAAAGUGGAGGGGGAAAUCAAACAUGUGGAGACACCCCUGUGUUUCCAGAAGCCCAUCCAGACUGGCUCACGUGUGGUCACCCUUCUCGAGCCUGUGAAUUUAUGCAGUGAGAGCAAAGCCAGUUCAUCUGCUGGACCUUGCAGAGGCACCAAAGGUUCCAGCAAGGGCCAGGGGUCGGUGUACAUGGAUGAUGGCUCUGAGACCUCUGAAAGCAGAAAGUCUGUCUCCCGGAAUGAGGGCUCCCAGAAGAAGUCCAAGUUUGCUUCCAGCCUACUCAAAAAUGUCAUCUCCAAGAAGAUGCAGCGGGAACACGAGUUCAAAAUGGAGAGGGGGGAAGUGAGAGACACAUCCCACAAGAGCCUUCCCAGCAGCUCUAGGGAGGCAGAGGGCCCUCCCGAGAAGCCACGGGAGACAGGCCUACAGAGGCAGAGUUCCCGCCACUCAGAGGCGGGCUCCGAGUACACAGUGGUCAGCGUGUCUGAUGCAGCUGGGGAGGGGUCCGUGGUGGAGACCAAAUCCCCCAUUUUCAAAGCCAGUGCUCCCCGGGAGAGCAGUGUAGGCCCUGGCAGGAAUUUUGCAGAGGGAAACACAGAAGUGUGUGAAAUUAAAAAGAGCGCCUCAGAGACUGUCAGGGGUAUCUUCCUCCGAAGUCAGAAUAGCGCAUUCCGAUCAUGGAAGGAGAAAGAGGCGGACAAACGAGAAGAGAAAGCCCCCAUUGGCAAGCUGAAGUUGCCCAAGGGGGGUGACUGGAGGGCUGACCUCGGGGAGAUCUCUGCCAGCAAGUCCACCAUCAUGUCUCGCCUCUUUGUCCCCAACAUUCAGCAGACGCCCAGGGACAAGCAGCAGGGGAAGCAGGCCACCAAGUACCCUGCUGCCCAGGCCACCUCCACAGCAGUAAUUAGGCCCAAGGCCCCUGAAAUCAAGAUCCGACUGGGGAGUGUGCAGCAGCCAAGCUCAGACUUCAACAUUGCCAAGCUGCUCACGCCCAAGCUGGCCAGCAGCAGCACCUCCAACCUCUUUAAGACCAUUGAGGACAACAGCAGGGUGCAGCACAAACUCUUCCGUGGGGACAACCUGGAAAAAGUGCCUCAGUUCCAGGUGAGAGAUGUUAGAGACAAGUCCAAGGCUCAAGGCCCCCUCCACCAGGUGAGAGAUGUCAGGAAACUAAUCAAAGGGUCAGGGGACAGCAGUGACAAGGGCAGUGUUACCCCAGAACAGGGGCUGACUGGGCCAAAACCCAGACACCUGGCCGCUGCAGCUGGUGGGUCCAGAUCCCUGUCCCCGAUGGUGAUUACAUGCCAGGCUGUAGUGAACCAGAGGGAAGGCAGCAUGGAUGGAGAGCAAAGGGAGAGCAUGAGCAAAGGUGGCAGCAGCAGGGUCCUGAACUCCUCUUCCCCAGAAGGGACAGUCUUGGUUCAUAGGGCAUCUGGCAGACUGCCUGUGGCCACCAUUGCACCGAACAAGUCAGAGCAGGGCUCCUACCUGCCUGUGCUCAAGAUUGUCUCCAAGGCUUCUGCCCAGAAGACCCCAGAGAAGCCCAAAGAAGAGGAGGUCAGGGAGGAAGGGAAAGCCCCAAAGCCAGCCCGAAACGCCCUGGAGAAGCUGACCGCUGCCGUGAGGUCCAUGGAGGAGCUGUAUAGCUUCAACAGGAAUGAGUGGAAGCGCAAAAGCGAUCCUUUGCCCUUGAUGACUGAUAGCCAUGUCCUGUCACUCAUUGCCAGUGAGGAAAGGGAAGGGACAGGGGGUGCUGAGGGAGACACCGACAAGCUGGCCAAACGGCUGGGGGAGGUGGAAGAGCGGGGUGCAGGAAGCAAAAGCGGUGUGGUCCUGCGUGGGGCCCCCAUAGAACGUCUGCAGCGGAGAAACUCCAACCCAAGUGCAGAGAGUGUAUCUGCCCGAGCAGCUGCCUUUGAGAACCUCGCCAGAGAGAGGCCACGUUCCCUCUAUAUUCCCCCAGUCCACAAGGAUGUGGAGAGAACACCACCCCUGCAGCCCCUCCCACCACUCCCCAGCAACCGGAACGUCUUCACAGUAAGUGCCAGCAGCACCCAGAAAACUGGGGGUGUCGCCGGCAAAUUCCCACAAGGGCCUUCUCCGGAAAGUCCUUCAGCAGCAAAGGGCAUCAAAUCACAGGGACUCCGGUCCCUCAGGAUCUCUCCAGCCACCAGGGCACCUCCUGAUGAGUCAGCCAGCAGGAAAAGUGGCAGUAAUUUGGAGAAGGGCAAUAGUGACUGUGAGAAUUACCUGACUAUCCCUCUUAAGGGAACCCCUGUGGUGGGGGAGCUUCCUGGCAGGCCUAGGGCUGGCAGGGAGGGGCCUCCAGCUUCCUCGGCUACCACUCUCUGCAGCUUGCCCCCACUGAGCGCACGCAGUCAGGUCCCUAGUAGCCCCAAAGGCUCCCACGUCAGUGGAACCAGCCGGCCAGCUUGGCGUAGCAAACCUGACACCCCUCGGGAGACAGUAGCUGCCCCCACAGGGCCACAGAGCCCUGAGCAUCCCCCUACCGCCAUUUACCACCAGCAGACACUGCCCUUUGCCCUGCAGGGUACCCAGCCCCAGGUCAUUUGCUUCUCCCCUCCUGGCAUGCCUGCCCCAGCACCUGCAGGUCCAGCUCCGGUCCCCACAGACCCCUUCCAGCAGCCACAGCCUCAGCAGACCCAGCGCAAGAUGCUCCUGGACGUGACAACCGGUCAGUACUAUCUCGUGGACACACCAGUACAGCCCAUGACCCGGAGACUGUUUGACCCUGAGACGGGGCAGUAUGUGGAUGUGCCCAUAACCUCCCAGCAGCAGGCCAUGGCUCCCAUGACCCUCCCCAUGCCCCCCUUGGCCUUGAGUCCCGGUGCCUAUGGACCCACCUACAUGAUCUACCCUGGGUUUCUGCCCACGGUGCUGCCCACCAGUGCCCUGCAGCCUACCCCAAUUGCUCACACUCCAGGGGGCAGUGAGCUCUCUCCCAUCACAGCAGAACCCCCCGGCAAAGAGGCAGCUGUGACUUUAACGGAGGCCCCAUACUUCAUGGCCUCUGGUCAGUCUCCUGCCUCCUCUUCCUCUUUGGCUCCAGCAGCCACAUCCCAGCUUGUGGGGGCCAAGGGCUUCGCCCAGCUGCAUGGCAAACCUAUCAUCAGCAUCACUUCACAGCCACUGGGGCCUCGGAUCAUUGCCCCGCCUUCCUUUGAUGGCACUACCAUGAGUUUUGUGGUGGAACAUAGAUGA